GCCUGACGGCAGCAGCCAGGAAUGCGUUUCCGGAGGCGGCUAGAGAAGCGAGCUGGGCCUGGCCCUCCUCUCCCCGGCCCUGAAGAGGCGGCCUGGCUCCGGAGGACAGAGGAGGAAGGCAGGGAGGAAGGCGCUUCUGCUGGCCCUUCCCAGCCUUGAGGCGCAGAGUUGGGCCUCCCUUGGAGAGGAAGAAGAGAGGAGGAAGAAGAGAGGAGGAGGAGAGGCUUCAGGGAAGAGCCACCGCCGCCAUGGCCCAAAUAAAGUUUCUCCUGUGUUUUGGAUUAUUAAACUGCCUCAUAGUCUUUGGAUUUGCCCAACAAGGUGGGAAUAUUUGUAUAGCAGCUAAUGCAAAAUCAUGUGCUGAUUGUAUACAAGCUGGACCAAAUUGUGGAUGGUGCAAAAAUGUAACUUUCUUACAAGAAGGAGAAUCUACUUCAGCGCGAUGUGAUGAUUUGGAGGUUUUAAAAACUAAGGGCUGCCCUCCUGAGGAAAUAGAAAAUCCCAGAGGCUCUCAAGAGAUGCUAAAAAACAAAGAAGUUACAAAUCGUGUCAAAGGAGCUGCUGAGAGUCUUAAGCCAGAAGACAUUACCCAGAUUCAGCCCCAGCAAGUACGGUUAAAGCUUCGGAUAGGGGAACCACAAACAUUUUCACUGAAGUUUAAGAGAGCUGAAGAUUAUCCUAUUGACCUUUAUUACCUUAUGGACCUCUCAUAUUCUAUGAAAGAUGACUUGGAAAAUGUCAAAAGCCUUGGGACUUCUCUAAUGAGUAAAAUGAAGAACAUCACUUCAGACUUUCGAAUUGGUUUUGGCUCUUUUGUUGAAAAAACUGUAAUGCCUUACAUCAGCACCACACCUGCCAAACUCAGGAAUCCUUGCACAGGUGACCUCAACUGUACCAGUCCUUUUAGCUACAGAAAUGUACUCAAUUUUACCAGCGAUGGAAGUCUCUUCAAUCAGCUUGUAGGUGACCAGCAGAUAUCUGGCAAUUUGGAUUCUCCAGAAGGUGGAUUUGAUGCCAUAAUGCAGGUUGCUGUUUGUGGAUCGAAAAUUGGAUGGAGAAAUGUCACCCGCCUGCUGGUGUUUUCCACAGAUGCUGGAUUCCAUUUUGCUGGAGAUGGGAAACUUGGUGGAAUUGUUUUACCAAAUGACGGACAAUGUCAUUUAGAUGAUAAUAUGUACACAAUGAGCCAUUAUUAUGACUAUCCCUCCAUUGCUCACCUUGUUCAGAAGUUAAGUGACAAUAAUAUUCAGAUCAUAUUUGCUGUUACCCAAGAAUUUCAACCUGUUUACAAGGAGUUGAAGAAUCUGAUUCCAAAGUCUGCAGUGGGAACACUCUCUUCAAAUUCCAGUAACGUGAUCCAGCUGAUUAUUGAUGCAUACAAUUCGCUGUCUUCAGAAGUUAUUUUGGAAAACAACAAACUGCCAAAAGAAGUCGCAAUUGAAUAUAAAUCGUUUUGCAAGAAUGGAGUGAAUGGUACAGGGGAUGAAGGAAGAAAAUGCUCCAACAUUUCAAUUGGAGAUGAGGUUAGGUUUGAAAUUAAAGUAACAGCCAGCCAGUGUCCAGAAAAAGGGCAAAGCGAAACCAUUAAGAUCAAGCCGUUAGGUUUUACUGAAGAGGUAGAAAUUAACCUGGAGUUCAUCUGUGAAUGUGACUGUCACAACGAAGGGAUUGCUGACAGUGAUCUUUGCCACUUUGGAAAUGGAACCUUUGAAUGUGGUGCUUGCAGGUGUAAACCAGGACGCAUUGGGAAGAAGUGUGAAUGCAGCAUAGAAGAAGUGAACAGUGAAGACAUGUCGGGAACCUGCAGAGCAAGCAACAGUUCAGAAAUAUGCAGUAACAAUGGGGAAUGUAUCUGUGGGCAGUGUGUCUGCAAGAAAAGAGAGAAUGCAAAUGAAAUCUACUCUGGCCAGUAUUGCCAGUGUGAUAAUUUCAACUGCGAUCGAUCGGAUGGUUUGAUUUGUGGAGGACAUGGUGAAUGUAAAUGUCGUGAGUGUGACUGCUGGGGCAAUUACACAGGCUCCGCAUGCGAGUGCCCUCUGGAUACUACCCCGUGUGUAGCCGCCAAUGGGCAAGUCUGCAAUGGCAGAGGGAUCUGUGAGUGUGGAGUCUGCAACUGUACUGAUUCCAAAUUUCAGGGACCAACAUGCGAGUUGUGCCAGACUUGCCUUGGAGUGUGUGCAGAGCACAAGGAUUGUGUCCAGUGCAAAGCUUUUAACAAAGGAGAAAAGAAAGAGCGUUGUGAGGAAGAAUGCUCACAUUUUAGCUUGAAACAAGUAGACCGUAGAGAGAAGUUGCCGCAGCCUGGGCAGUAUGAUGCCCUGACCCAUUGCAAGGAGAAGGAUAUUGAUGACUGCUGGUUUUAUUUUACAUACUCAGUUGACUCAAACAACAAAGCUGUUGUCCAUGUGGUGAAGACACCAGAAUGUCCAACAGGUCCGGAUAUCAUUCCCAUUGUUGCUGGCGUAGUUGCUGGAAUUGUUCUUAUAGGUCUUGCUCUUCUGCUGAUUUGGAAGCUGCUUAUGAUCAUUCAUGACAGAAGAGAGUUUGCAAAAUUUGAGAAAGAAAAGAUGAAUGCAAAAUGGGAUACGGGUGAAAAUCCUAUAUACAAGAGUGCAGUGACAACUGUAGUGAAUCCAAAAUAUGAGGGAAAAUGAAAACUGCUUUUUAACUUCAACACUGUAUGCAAUGUAGCAAUUUUGUAGUCACAGUAACUUAGCUUUAUUAAUUCAUUUCUUACAUAUAGGUUUGUUUCCUAUGCAGACUUUGAAAAUGUACAGUAUGCUUUUUAUUUUUGAAGUGUUUUCCUUUUGUGUUUUGCAAUGAACAAUGCCAGGGGACUGAUAGAAAACUUGAGACUGCGUAGCCUCCUCAGCUAAGGUCACUUGGUGCCUUUUUGAACCUUUCCCUCCUGCGCCUGGAGAGAAAUGGCGAAAGCAAUCAAACAGAGGGGCUCUGCUUAGCCAUUAAGUAUUAAAGGUAGAUGGGUUUUUAACUUUAUAGGCACAUCAGGGCUUGGUUUGCACUGCUCAAGUGCAGCCACACAAUUCUUUCUGAACUACAGAACUUCAGCUUGUGAGCAAUGAAUGGAAUGUUUAGAAAUCUGAACCUCAUUUGGAUACAUUUGGUACAAGAUGGAAAUCAUGCAGCAAAAUUGACAAUUUAUUAUGUGCAUAAACAUUUUAAUCUGUCGAAUGUUACAUAUAACGAUAGACCCCAAACAAUAGCCUUACCGGUUGUGCCAUUCCUUUUCAUGCUGUAGCUGCACAGUAACCUCAGAACUUCUUUGUGAAUUCAAGUCUGGCUUUAGAACUGAACAUUAGUCUGCCAAGAUGAUCUUCUAAACGUAUUAGGGCCUUAACUCAUUAAUGCGCUUGUUUAAUUUUCUUAUUUGGGUUAAAGCCUGGUGCUGUGUCACCUUUUUAAAAUUGUGUUUUGCUUUCAUUAUGUGUAAGUAAGGUUAUUGUUGUCAAAACAUCUUGAUUUUUUUCCAGUCUCGGUUGUAGAUUUGCAGCAGAGAGCUUAAGAUUACAUAAUUGUCAUGUACCAUGACUGUCAGCCAGAUAAUUGUUUCUGCCAAUUGUAUAUUUGCCUUUGAUCCUUCUAAAUACUAGCCACGUUCUUAUUUUAAGUGCCUUUUGUUUUAACAAAUGUUCACUUUUUACAGUGCUAUCAUGAAAGUUAUUUAUUAAAUAAAAAAAAUUAAAACAUA